GGAGACUGAGAUAGCUUUGAGAAAACUAUACUCAGUUGUGUUUUAUUAUGUAUUUUUCGAUUGGUGGAUAAACUUUUCACACAUUUUAAACACCAAGUCCAACAAAUUCAAAUGUAUUGUUAAAUGUUAAGCGGUCGAAGAAUUCUCACGCGGCCCAAGAGUGUAUGAAAAACUAGCCCGAUAAGACGACAACAAACCAAGUGCUCUAUUUUCUAUGUAAGGCGUGAACAACUUGCCCUCCCCCCCCCAGAUAAAAACAUAACCUACGCCAAGGUAGAACCAGCCAACAAGAGAAGCAAACAAGAAUCGUUAGUCAGGAUGUUAGCACGCCACUUGCCAAUGAAUCAACGCGGCGCGCCUUCCGUGCAUGAGCGAAUCGCGCUGCAGUGUGCCCGGAACAUAAGUCAGCUGGCCAUUGCGCUGCCCAAGCCACGCACCCAGACGGGUCAUCUGCCUGUGCUGGUCGAGGUGCGGCGUCCCGACGAGGACAUUGUCUAUCGCUAUCAGGUGAAUCUGUGGCCCAGCGCACAGGAUCGCAACAAUCAGCAGCAAAUCCAUGCAGACGAGGCGCGUGCGCUUAGCCAAUUUUUGAACUUGCCCUGUCUGCUGCAUCACGAGCCACUUGCUCCAGCUGCGGAGCUGCCACAGUUGGUUAUGAUGCAGGAGUCGCUGCACUUUGUGCACCAUCGUCAGUCCCAGCAGGAGGCUAUUACCACAUUAAAUUACAUGCCGUCUGCCAUUGCCGCCAAAAAGGCAACGCGGGAUCACUUUAUGGCAGUGCUGCAUCAACAGCAGCCCAGUCCGCUGGCCCACCAGGUGCUCUGGGCCAACAGCAAGCCAGCCACAAGACACAAAAGACAAGCGAGCACGCAGCAGGCGGCAGUUGGGCCACCACGCAUCAGCUUGAAGCAGUCAGCGGAGCAGCAGCUAAUGGUGGCGGCGCACAGAGAGCGGCUAAGCAAUUGGCAAGCGCAUCUGCCACAAGUGGCAGACUAUAGUGAAUACUUGCUGCUGCAGCGUGAGCUCGCCCAGCGGCAACAGCAGCAGGCCCAACAGCUGGAGCAGCAGAAAUACGAACGCAUUCUUAAAGAAUCGUUGGACUCGACGCAGCUGCCACUGGAGCUGCAGGCGCUGUUUGCCUGGGAGUCUUGCUCCCUUUGCCACACCACGAUGCGCACCAUGCGUAAUGCUUUGGAUCAUUAUUUGUCGCGUGCGCAUCUGCGGCGUGUGGACAGCUGGCUCAUCCGCUGCAGCUUCGUCAAGGACCAAUUGUCGGAUAAGAUGAUGCGGCAUUUGCGCAGCACUGGGCCCGCUGUGCUCCACUGUGAUCUGUGCGAUCUGAAGCUCACCUCGGUGGUGCAUGCGCGUCAGCAUUUCUGCGGACGACGCCAUCGGCUGGUGGAGCGGCAAGUCAUACAGCCCAAUGGUGAGGGCUACUACGAUCGCAGUGGCCGCUGGGUGCGCACCAAUGACAAGUGGCUGAUGUGCCAGCUGUGCGACGUUAUUGUCACCUCGGAGUCGCAGCUGUCGCUGCAUAGGGCGGGCCUGCGGCAUCGCAAGCGUGAGCGCUCCGCUUUGCCGCAUACGCCGUGUGGUCCCUACGAUGGCAGCUAUGUAUAUCGCGUUACGUCGCACGGCUUGCUGGAGCCGCUGAAUCCGGCGGGUUACUAUUUGGGCGCUGUGGCGGCCACGCAGGAUGUGCGCAGGCUUAGCGAUCUGAAUGCCGCCUUCUAUUGCGAGGUGUGCAACAUAACGUUGAAUCAUUUGAAGUCGGUGAAACAACACGAGGCGGGGCGCGUGCACAAUAAGCGACUGGGGCGUCUCACACAACAGGCGGCGGGGUAUAUGUCGUGAAGUCGCUCAGGUCUCCCACCAAGUCUCGCUCCAGUUCCUCCAGUCCCCAGUACGGGCCGUGUGCUGCGCCGUAUUAUUAGCAAUUUAUUUUUGAACCAGUCCAGCAUGUAACGUUUUCUUUUUCAUAUAUGUUUUAUAAUAGUCAUAGUCUUCAGAGUAUAGCUAUGUGUAUUCUAUAUUAUAUAUAAAUAUACGUAUUGUGUCUA